AUGAGAGGGCUGUGUGGAGUUGGAGGUGGUCUGAUGAUUCCGAACAUUGUGGCAUUUCUAGGCAUCACCUUCCCACCUGGAAGGAAGCGGAACCUUGGUUUCGCACUAUUCGGAGCAAUGGCGCCUGUCGGUGCGGCGGGUGGUUCUCUGGUCUCUGCAGUUAUCGUCCAGCUGACGGAGUGGAAAUACUUGUUCUUUAUGCAUGGGCUAUUAGGGCUUGUUGUUUAUGGGACUGCGAUUAUCUCUGUCCCUCCGGAUGAGUCUGUGGAUCCGAAUGGUCCAGUCGAUUGGAUUGGAGCUUACCUAGGAGUCGGCGGUCUUAUUUUGUUCAAUUUUGUGUGGAACUCCUCUGUUGGGUGGACUAGCUCCUACGAGAUCGCCCUUCUGAUCCUAUCGAUCAUUCACUUCGGUGCCUUUUCCUACUGGGAAAUGAAGAUGGCUAAGGAGCCGAUACUACCGUUUAACAUAUGGAAAGCACCUCCUUUCGGCUUUCUUAUGCUCACUAUAUUCUUCUCAUUCAUGAGUUGGGUAUCUACUUUUGGUAUAUGA